CUAAUAAUAAACACUCUCUUUUUCAUACUUUCAUAACUCCUCUCUCCCUCUCAUCACUUUCACUCAAACUCAAACCCCAUAUUUGUCAAUCCUCUUGGAGAACAUCAAUGAGAACAGAGUUGAAGAAGAAAAUUUCCAAGUCUUCGUGGCCAAAAUUUGAUGUAAGAAAGUGGCUCAAUAUAAGGAGCAACCAUGACAAGUUUCACUCAGAUUACUCUCUAGCAGAGGGGUGGCUAAUGGACUCCACAAAUGCAUUGAAACAUUCGGUACCAGAGAAGGAGGCGCCAUCUCUCACUGACAUUGACACGCUCACCCUUAGGAUGUUUGUGGGGACGUGGAAUGUGGGAGGGAAGUCCCCGAACGAGGGAUUGAACUUGAGGGAUUGGUUGAUGUUGCCUUCACCAGCUGAUAUCUAUGUCAUUGGGUUCCAAGAAAUUAUACCUCUAAACGCAGGGAACGUGCUUGGGCCAGAGGACAGUGGCCCAGCAGCGAAGUGGCUGACCCUUAUUCGUGAAUCCUUGAACUCUAACACAUGCUCCAGCGGAGAAACUUCUCCUACAUCGUCUUUUACUACUACAAGUAAACAAAAACGCUAUUAUUGCCUAGCAGCAAGUAAACAAAUGGUGGGUAUCUUCUUGUGCGUGUGGGUACGUGCUGAUCUUUACGACCAUGUCACCAAUUUAAAAGUGUCUUGCGUUGGUAGAGGCAUCAUGGGCUAUCUUGGAAACAAGGGUUCAAUAUCAAUUAGCAUGACACUGUACCACACAACGUUCUGCUUCGUUUGUACACACUUGGCCUCCGGAGAGAAAGAUGGUGACGAGGUGCGAAGAAAUUUGGACGUCUCGGAGAUAUUAAAGAAAACUAAAUUUUCUCAUUCAUUCAAAUCUCUUGGUCAACCACUCCCUCCUGAAAGCAUAUUGGAACAUGAUAAGAUUAUUUGGCUUGGGGAUUUGAAUUAUCGCCUUGUUGCUGGUUACGAUGAUACACUUGAGCUACUGAAGAAGAAUGAUUGGCAGGCACUAUUAGAGAAAGAUCAGUUAAGGAUAGAGCGGAGAGCUGGUCGAGUAUUCAAAGAAUGGAAGGAAGGGAAGAUAUAUUUUGCUCCAACUUACAAAUACUUAUUUGAUUCUGACCAAUAUGUUGCUCAAACCAACAAGUCCAAGGAAAAACGACGAACUCCGGCUUGGUGUGACCGAAUACUGUGGAAAGGUGAAGGCGUGGAGCAGUUAUGGUAUGUGCGAGGAGAGUCGAAAUUCUCAGACCACAGGCCAGUGUAUUCACUGUUCUCGGUGGGGGUGACAUGCAAGAAGCUAAGCCCCUCAAUUAGGUCUUGUCCCUUGUCAUCAUCAUCUUGCUUUGCUAAAGUCCAGGCAGAGGAACAGCUCUUGUUACUCACCAGGGCACAACAAAGACACCACACCUGCACGGUUCUGACUUAGCUGCUGCAUCUGCAUGUGCAUGUGCAUGUCAGCAUGUGCAUGCAUAGCAUACAAUAUCAUUUUCCAACAAAGUGAAGCGUGUGAUGACACGACCACCAAGUUGCCGCAGCUCGCGGUGUGCCCUGACAACAUGCUGUGAAGUGAGGGAAAUCAGCAUUCAACAACGUAGUAGAGGGUAGCCCAGGUUGGGGUUCUGUGUUCCUCACUUUUUUCUUUGGAACAUGAAAGAAUCCAUUCACAUGCCAGCGAGCCUUGGCAUCUGGCAUGCACCCUCGUGACAUGUCGUAAAUAGAGAGGAGUGAGGUAGUAAUGAUUAGAGGAAAGUGAAAAAACAAAUGCUAUCUCUAAUCAUGCGUCUUGGGGAUGAUUAUGAUUUCCAUUCUUUUCAUAUUCGGCUUCGUCGCCGUCGAAAAAUGUAAAGUACGUCAAAUGUGUCACUUUUCUUAUCGUUCUUCGAUACAAUGUAUUAUUCAAUUUUCUUAAGUAACAAAUCUAUAGCAGCUUAAUGUAUAGUACUUUUGUUCAUGUCAUUGCAACGGGUAUCUUUGGUAAAAUGUUAUUUUACUGUUGGAAUGAUAUGAAAACGACAAGGUCAUGUCGUUUCUUGUGUCUGGACAAGGGUGAUGAUAAUUUGAUUAUCAUUGAAUAUUUCUAGUAAUAGGAGAUGCAGAGGGGUUAAAUGUUAAAAUUAUUCAAUAAUACCGUUUAAUUUUUGUU